AUGAUGCUCGCAUAUGCGCUCUCUCAAAGUUACGUCCAAGAGGAGAUGACCAAUGCACGCACCAAUUUCCAGCCAUUUCCACCGCCAAAUUCUCCGCAUCGAGUGCAUCACGACGUCAUGCUACAAGUCGAGACCGAGACCGAGGAAGACGAGAACGAUGGAAUCGACUUUAGACGCGUCCGGGCAGAGCUAGACCGUUUACUGGACGAAGACUUCCGUGAAUCUGACGACGAUGUGGUCGAUGAGGAUCAAGACGAGGAGGACAUUAUCAGUGUGAUGUACCACGUCUACCGACCGAGGCCCACGAUGAAGAUCUUCGGUGCUGGCAGGAUGAGCCGCUCGCUCUGA